AUGACCGCGCGUACAGUACGAGUAACUUCAUAUUCGAUCCUUCCCGAUCUGCAGGCGUCAAUCCCCGCGCUCGGCGCGACGCUGGACGACCACGGGGGCUGCGUGUUCCGCGUGUGGGCUCCGCACCCUCAGCGCGCCACAUUAGUCGUCAAGCGCCUCUCGCCCGCCCGCGCUGGCGCUGGUGGCGGUGACGCGGAAGGCGCGGCAGCAGAAGGCGAGAGGGUGGAGAUGGGGCGCGACGGCAACGUGUGCUACCGCGCUACUGCCUUUCUUCUGGCACUUUCCGUGCGCCUUGCCAGUGCCGUUAUUCCACCCUUCGUGCUCCAGGGCGACAAGUAUCACUUGGUGUUCGAGUGGGAGGGAAAGAUCCUGGAGAGGCGGGACGCGAGGGCGCGCGCGACGGACUACGAGAGCAACGACUGCAUCGUGGUGGACCCGCGCUUCUCCUGGACCCCCUUUGAACCGCCCCCGUUCGAGGCCCUCAAUAUUUAUCAGCUGCACGUUGGCGCUUUCACCGGGCGUCUGCCGGGUGGCGGCACGUUCGCUGCGCUCAAGGAGAAGCUGCCGUACAUCAAGAGCCUUGGGUUCAACGCCGUUCAGAUGCUGCCAGUGCACGAGUACUGCGGGCAGUGGGGCUACAACCCCCGCCUGCUCUUCGCCCCCCACCCCUUCUACGGCUCCCCCCUGGAGCUCCGAGAGCUGGUUGACGCCGCCCAUUCCCAAGGCAUGGCGGUCAUCUUCGACGUGGUGCUGCACCAUCUGGCGCCCAACCUCAACAG